AUGUUGAUGGAUUACGGUAGCGAAAGUCUAAUCAACCGCCUUUUUCCCUAUACAUUUGAAGAGAAUGAGAAAAGCCAGAUGGAUCAAUUCUUUACGACAAUGGCUCAAACGCAAAGCACUCAAUCCCCAAACUCUCUUCAUUCAAUCAAUCAAUCGCUGAAAUUACAAGCCGAUCAAGACGGCGUUGAAUCACCGCAAAGAAGGAUGACUUUACCAGCUUGUGCAAUUUGUGGAGCUGACUCGACGGGGAUCCAUUUUGGAUCUGAAGCCUGUGCAGCUUGUAGUGCUUUCUUUCGACGAACUGUUGUCCUCAACAAGCAAUAUAUUUGCCCGAAAAAUGGAAAGUGUUUAGUUUUUAAAGAUGCUCCAGGUGCACAAAAAUGUCGAGCUUGUCGAUUUACAAAAUGUAUUCGAGUGGGGAUGGAUCGUGGAGCCGUUCAACAACGAAGAGACGCAAUCGGGAAAUAUUCGGCUGAAGCAGAGGCGAAUCGAGAGAACGGUUUGAAGCGAGAUCGAGAGCCUGACGAAGCUGAUGAUGCUGAUGCGUCGAGUACACAUGACUCAACACCAUUUUGUGCGACAGCCUCAAGUCCUCGAUCACCGAAAUCUCCAAAAAUCUCUUCACAAAGCAGUGUUCUUGACGAAUUCAUCACACAACAUGAAGUACUAAAUCGUCGACGAAAACUCUUUUACACGUCUCGAUCGUUGAGCGACGUUUUUGACGAAAGUGCUGAGUUGGAACCCGUCGAGUUAUCCGAUUUCGCUGAAUGCAUGUUCCAAUUGUGGCAAAUUGAGCCAAGAUUAGCCGCCGAGUUCAUCUCCACAAAUCGACAUCUUUCUCAUCUACCAGCCAUAGAAAAGUCAAAACUCUUGAAGAACUUUAUGCUACUUUUCCAAGCUGUUGAAGAGCCAUAUUUAACAUGGAAAUUCUGCGGUUUCGGCAAAGACAAAUGGAUGAUGCCAAAUCGAACCUACAUCGAUUUCAAGAACAUCGACUACUAUUACAUGACUGACAAAUGCAUUAAGGGCCUCAAUUUGGAUAAAGAAACGGCUAGGAGUUUAUUUAUUCCAUCAUUUCAACACGCAUUGGAUGUUGUUGGGAGUCAAAUGGCAGCCAUGGACAUCGGCUAUACAGAACUCGUCGCACUAGCAUCAAUUUUAUUGCUAGAUCCAUGCAUUUCGGGGCUCGAUUCAUCCACGAAAGACUUGUGCUUUCGAUUACGGAAUCAAAUAAUAAAAGAUCUCUUUGUCGUGUACCAAAAUGGGAGUGUUGCUGAAGAGCCGGAAGUCCGUUUGGGAAUGUUGAUCAACAUCAUUUCUGGGAUUAAAGUUCAUGCGAUCAAAUCGAUGGAGAACAUGCUAAUGCUGAAAACUUUCGACAUUUGUCCUCGGGAUAAACUUUUCGAUGAGAUUGUCGGUAUUCAUGGA